CUCUGUCUGCCAGGCAGAGGCUGUUGGUUGAAGUGAGGACCUCUGCCCUCUGCCUCAAAACAGGGGCCCUGAGGUAGGCGAGUGAUGGCUGGGCUUCCCCAGCCCACCGCAGGCCUGGGAGCUGAGGCUGACUUCAGGCUCACCUCCUGCCCUCCUUCCUGGCGAGCUGCAGGUCCUGGGAGGGAUGACGACGUGCCUCAGACGCAUGGAGGCUGAGUCACCCAGGCUGGCCGUGCCCCCUCGGAGCCCAGGCUGGGCCACCACCCACCUGAGAAGGAAGGGUGGGUGGCUGCUGUGCUGGGAGAGCUGGGGCCUCCUGGGAUCUCGGGAACCCCAUCUUUGAGCUCCGCCCCACGGCCCCGCCCCUCCCCAGGAGGGAAAAGGCAGCUGCCAGUUGCUGGCCUCACAGGCACUGGGACCCGGCCCACAGGACGAGAGGGGACACCGCUGCCGUCAGCACUGCAGGCUGGGCCAUGGACCCACAUGAGAUGGUCGUCAAGAACCCGUAUGCUCAUGUCAGCAUCCCUCGGGCUCACCUGCGGCCUGAUCUGGGGCAGCGGCUGGAGACGGCCCCUCCUCCCUUGGGGUCCCAGCCUCUGCCUGUGGGAUCCUGCACCUCGGAGCCCACCGGGCUCCUGCAGCCCUCCGAGGAGGCUCCAGGGAGCCGGGGGGCCAAGGGGACCACCCGGGUCCAGGGCCAGCAGAGCUGGCGGCAGCCCUGCAACCCCUACAGCGGUGGGCAGCGCCCGGCAGGACUGACCUACGCCGGCCUGCCACCCAUCGGGCGCGGGGAUGACAUCGCCCACCACUGCUGCUGCUGUCCCUGCUGUUCCUGCUGCCACUGCCCUCGCUUCUGCCGCUGCCACAGCUGCUGCUGCGUCAUCUCCUAGCCCAGCCCCUGCCGGGCCGAGGGGCCUCCCGCAGGACCCCAACAUGGCUCAGGCAGCCACAGCGGUGCCCACAUGUUUGGGGCAGCCACUGGACCAUUGUCGUGGGAGGUGGCCGCUUUCCACCCUGGAUAGGAGUAUCUACCCGCCACAGAGGCCAACAGCCCAGCUCCGGCCCCUUGAAACAGAGCCCUGGGCACUGGCUGUAAUGGCAGCCCUGGGGACACCCUUGACCACCUCCCUCAGGGCCCGCAGCCCCGGCAAUAAAUCAGAGUGACCUCUGUUCUGGUGACUCUUCUCUGCUGCUGCCCCCUUGAAGUGGGUCCCGGGCUGGACACAACCACCGGCCUCAAGCCUCUGUGGU